AUGAAGACCAGCAUCUUCAUCUUUGCUGUCUUCUUAUUUAUGGGCAGUGUGGUUGCAAGACCUCAUAAUCAUGCUCAUCGCGAGAGACGCGCUUUUGUGACUGAUGUUACUACUGUUGAGGUUCCUGAGGUUAUCAACUGGGUUGAUAGCACUGGCAGCACUGUCACUAUUGAGACCAAGGGACAUGUCAAUACCCAUAAGCCAGCUCAGCGUACUUCGAACUAUGAUAUCGGUACUACAUUCAGCUCUCAUGAUACCCCUACCACUGUUGCUCCAACAGUCACCGACAUACCCCCUUCUGCUUCUACCCUCGUCUCGGAGCCAAGCUCUACCGCUGAGCUAAAGACUACAGAGGUGAAGCCUAAGCCUACCGAAACCAAACCUACUGAAGUCAAGCCUACUGAAGUUACACCAUCUGAGUCUAAGCCUGCUGGGAGUAAGACUACCGCUGUUGAGACUCUAGUUUCAACAAAGCCUCCAACUAAGACAACUCAUCUGAUACCAAAUUCCACUUCCUUACCUUCUAGCGGUCCUGCCGAAAAAUGGUUUUCUGGAACUGGGUUUGGAAUUUGCUACGCUCCAUAUACUGCUGAUGGAAAGUGCAAAACUCAAGACCAAGUCUACGCAGACUUUGCUAAACUACAAGACUAUGGCAUUGUUCGAUCCUAUGGUGUUGAUUGCAACCAAAUUUCAAUGAUGAUUAAUGCCGCAAAGAGAUACAACAAGAAAGUAAUGCUCGGACUAUUCACCAUUCAGAAUGUUGACUCGGACCUUCACCUAUUCAUUGCUGCUGCCAAGGACAGCUGGUCAUACAUUUAUGCCGUUGCUAUUGGGAAUGAAGUUGUCAAUACCGGAAAAUCUUCUGUCCAUGAUCUUACUAAUGCUAUCAACUUUUCUCGUACCACCCUUCGCUCCCAAGGAUAUAGUGGCCCGGUUGUAGCUGUUGACACUGUCAAUGCCAUGGUUGCCCACCCUGAAAUCUGUGAAACAUCCGAUUUUUGCGCUGUUAACGUUCACCCUUUUUUCAACUCUCAUACCUCUGCUGCUGAAGCCGGAAAGUUCGUAAUAGACCAAGCCAAGGCCGUUUCUAAUGCAGUACAUGGUUCCAAGAGAGUCAUUGUUACUGAGACUGGAUGGCCUCAUGGCGGUGACCACAAUGGGGAAGCUAUCCCUUCGCGAGAGGACCAGCAUGUUGCAAUUGAGAGCAUGAAACAAGCCUUCAAGGGCACGAAUGGAGAGUUAUUCUUAUUCUCUGCCUUUGAUGAUCCGUGGAAGAAGGACGGUCCUAACACGUUCGGUGCAGAGAAAUUCUGGGGUAUCCAGUAA